AUUUUAUGACACGUGAGAUGUGCUGUGGUCUUUAUUUAUAAAAGUUGGAACUGCGGCUGUUUGAAGUUAUUGUGUCUAAUGUAAACAAAAUGAAUACAUGUGAAAAUUCAAUGUCUGAUUCUUUCAUGGACGAACAUGCAGCAAAGAGAAUAAAGCUCGAGAUUACAGAAAGGCCUUUGAAUUUUGCAAUAUCACCAGAAGAAUUGGAGAUGCAGUCUAUAAAAAAGGCUAAACUACCAAGGGAUCCAAUGUCGCACAGAAUCAUAGAGAAGAGGCGAAGAGAUCGCAUGAAUAACUGCUUAGCAGAACUCAGUCGACUUAUCCCACCAAGAUACUUGAAACAGGGUCAAGGUCGUAUUGAGAAGACGGAGAUAAUAGAAAUGGCAUCAAAGCUUAUACGAAACCUGUUGAACUUGCAUAAUUUCAGAGAAAUGAUGGCGAAAGAGUUACCACCGGAUGGUGGGGGUUCCAAUCCAUGUUGUCAGGAAAAGUUUUACAUGGGAUAUAAGGAAUGUCAGGAGGAGAUAUUACAUCAAUUAAUCGACACAGAAGGGCUGGACCCUAAAGAUGCUUUCUAUCAGAGGAUGACAAACGUUUUGGACCAGAGCAGUAAGAAAUUCCUCCGGUUAUCAACAGUAAAAUCUGCAUCUGAUGUCCAAGAUGUAAAGCCUGAUGAUUCCUUGAAGUCAGAAGCUGCUAAUUCAAAUUUGAACUCACAGAGCAAUGAUCAAGUGCUACAAGGCAUGGGCAUUUCUGAAAACAACAUGGCCAUGAUUAAACAAGAUGAAUAUCUUUGUACCUUGCUGAAUCAAACAGAUCAAGCAUCCAGUCUAACAUCAGGAUAUAGCAGUAUCAAAAGCCAGUCAUUGUCAGAAGGAAGUGUAUCGUGCAUUACACUACAGUCUGUUCAGGGUGAUACAGCAGAGCAAUAUGAAAGUAACAGGUCAAGAAGUAGUACAUGUUCCAGUGAGGAAAAUUCAUCCGAAGGCACUAAUGGCAGUAAGAUUGAUUACCACAAGUCACAUGCUUACAAAUUUAAGCACAAUAUAACAAAAAGGUUUUCCAAAGAAAGAAGUCCUUGGCAUCACAAAAGUGAUAGAUCUUCAGAUUCAAUGGAGGGUGAAAAUGAACAAGGAAAGAAAAACAUAAUAAGCUACAGUACUUCCAGUCCUAGCACUGAAUACAGUCAAUAUUUAGGAUCUGAAAAUGGUUCUUCAAAUAGUUAUUGCGAGAAAAAUAAAAUUCCAAGUAAUCAGAAUGACUUUGGGAAGAAUGGUCGUUUUGAUUCAAAACAGGUGCCUUUACCUGCCUUUGUACUUCACCCUCUUGGAACACAUUAUGUUCCCGUAACAAUACCUCCUACAUAUUUCAAAAGUGUGUUUAAAGACGAUUCCAAGGGAUCAACAGCAUAUCAUCCUAUUAGUAUCCCUGUCAAUUUCUGUGGUCCAAGUGUUUCCAUACAUACACAGGUAGGACAACUCACAUGUGGCUCAGAAGGACCAAAAGAGGAAAGAUCUAUUGAAAAUUCGUAGAAAACGUUUAACUUUCGAAAGAUUUUUAUGCAUUUUUUGUACCAAAGAUUGUGUGUGUAUUCAAAGAGACGUAUUUUUUCUCACGAAUGUACCAAGUCGUUCUGUUGGUAGAUAUAGGCGAGCGUUUGGAUUUGUCAGUUUAAUUGACUUUCGCUUUUUGAAUUUAACUGGCAGUUGGGUAUUUUUGUUAUUACAUUUAUAAAUGUUUUAUUUACACUAUUUUGAUAUGUUAAAAGGAUUUUUUUGUAAUAUGUUCAUGAUCAUAUCUUAAUUUUGCUC